AUUUAGAAGAAAAGAAAUCGGUGUUAUGUGCGACAUCGAGCAGAUGUUUCAUGCUUUCUACGUUUACCCUCCGCAUCGAGAUCUAAUGCGCUUCUUGUGGUAUAAAGAUAAUGACAAAGAAAACGAAAUCGUUGACUACAAGAUGACUGUGCAUAUCUUCGGAAACACCUCAAGCCCAGCAGUGGCGACAUUUGGAUUACGGAGGACGGCAGAUGAAGGGAAGGAAGAAUUUGGUAAUGCAGCGAACAAGUUUGUCCUUGACGACUUCUACGUGGACGAUGGAAUCACAUCUUGUGACACCGUAGGCGAAACUCUGCAGUUGAUAAAGAACACACGAGAUAUGUUACACACAGCAAACUUGCGUUUACACAAAAUUGCGUCGAAUUCUCCAGAAGUGAUGAAAUUGUUAUCUCCGCAGGAUAAAGUAGAGAAUCUGCGUAACCUUGAUCCCAGUCACGACCCUCUCCCUCAACAACGAUCGUUGGGUGUAGUAUGGAACAUAGAAAAGGACGCCUUCACAUUCCAAGUGCUUCUACCAGAGAAACCGUUCACAUGUAGAGGUGUUCUAGCAAUCGUUAAUUCCAUAUACGACCCCCUAGGGUUUGCAAUCCCUACCACCCUGCAGGGAAGAUUGCUUCUUCGCGAACUUGUCCAGUUAGGGAACACGAAAGGCGAAAACAAGAUUCUCGGAUGGGACGAUCCCUUGCCCAAUGAUCUCCUAAAGAAGUGGUUAAAGUGGCGAAAUUCUCUUGUUGAAUUAAACAAAUUAUCUAUACCUAGAUGUUAUCACCCGAGUGAUUUUG